AUGUCGAACAUUCCCAAGAAACAGUUCAGUGGCAAGAAGCAGAGGAAGGUCAAAAAUGACCGUACGAAAGCCAAUGGCUUUGACGAAGUGUUGCAAGCCGACAUUGAGCAACUGAUCAAGAAGAACCGCCCUGAACAAGACCAAUCCGACGACAACAGCGCCCCGGCGCCUCCACCUUCCCUCCCAGAGACAUUUACCGAGAUUGAUGUGACAGUGUCCGAAAUUUCCUCAACUGGUGAUGGUUUGGCGCUCUCUGAAAACAAGGAUCAUGUAUACUUGGUACCAUUCACUGUACCGGGAGACAAAGUCCGAGUCAAGGUGAUUCGGCACUUUCCAGCCUUGUCCUAUAGUAUGACCGAUUUCCUCAGUGUCAUCGAAGCGGGACCGAAGCGCAAUGACGAGCUUAUUGGCUGCAAGUACUUUUCCAAGUGCUCUGGUUGCCAACUGCAGAUGAUGUCUUAUGAGGACCAGUUGGUUCACAAGCGUCGCAUCGUGGAGAAGGCCUACGCCAACUUCUCUGGCUUGAUACCGGAACUCAUUCCUACCAUUGGAGAUACGUUCCCAUCUCCUUUAAAAUACGGAUAUAGAACAAAGCUUACCCCGCAUUUCGCGCAAGGCGGUGCUGGUAAAGGCAAGAAUGCAGACGGUUCGGAGCAGGAGGUCAAGGUGCCACCCAUUGGCUUCACAUACAAGAACCGCAGGGCGGAUAUGGAUAUUGAGGACUGCCCCUUGGGAACAGACAUUGUGCGCCGUGGCCUCAAGAGCGAAAGAAAGCGAGUGGCCGAAAACAUCCGUUCGUACAAGAAGGGCGCAACACUACUCAUGCGCGAGUCGACCUACCGAAUCCCCAAGGAAGCCCCGGCAGCUGAUUCCGAGACCAAAGAAACAACCUCGUGGCUAGUACCAACCCCAGGCGCAGACACCGGCGAUGUGAUCCGCGUCGAGCGCGAAAACUACUUCGAGGAGAAGCGAUGCAUCAACGAUAACAAUGCCACAUCCGUUGAGUAUGUUGAUGACUAUGCCUUCAGCAACAAGGCCGGAGGUUUCUUCCAGAACAACAACUCUAUCCUGUCUGGCUUUACCGAGUUCAUUCGCUCCCAGGCUCUUCCCGCCGGAAACGAAGAAGAUCCCCGUCCUAUCAAAUACCUUCUCGACGCCUACUCCGGCUCGGGUUUGUUCACCAUCACCCUGUCUCCGCUUUUCAAGUCCAGUCUCGGUGUCGAUGUCGCCGGUGACUCCAUCAUCUGUGCUCGUGACAACGCACGCGCCAACAACCUGCCCAGCACCGGCUUCGCCGCAGCAGAUGCAGCCGUGUUGUUCAAGGAUGUUCCAUACCCCGCCGACCAAACUCUUCUGGUCAUUGACCCCCCUCGCAAGGGCUGCUCAGAUGAUUUCUUGCAGCAGCUCCUCGCUUACAAGCCUCGCCGUGUUGUCUACGUGAGCUGCAACGUCCACACCCAGGCUCGCGAUGUUGCCGUCAUGGUGCAGGGAGACGAGAAGCAGAAUGUUCGAUACGAGAUUGAGAGCAUCCGUGGUUUCGAUUUCUUCCCUCAAACGGGCCAUGUCGAGGGUGUUGCUAUUCUAAACAGAGCUGAAUUCCCUCUGAAGGAAUAG